AUGAGCUCUCCAAAAGCUCAGCUAUCCUCUAAAGACUUGGCCAAGGGCUUCGGGACUCUGUCUGUCGCUGCCGCCACGACACCAACGGUCAUCUCCACAUUCUUCUCGCAUAUCUUCGCUCGUCGAAGACGGAAAAAGGAUUCCAAAAAGUCCAUAGCGGCUGGUGGACCAGGUGGAGGACCAGAAAACCAACUGAGCUAUGAAGAGGGUCUCAAAGUCGUCAGGAGGUUCUUGGAAUUCGCAAGUCGUCAUGGCGUCGACGAGGUCCAAAGCUUCACGGCUAUGCCUGUCCCGGUCCCUCACUGGGUUCGACGCAAAGUAGUCACUAUCCCAGAAGCCACUCUUAUCAAAGCGGGAGACAUCUUAGCAGAACAUCUAUCAAGCUAUGGGACCGAUGGAAGAUCUGGCGGGGGUUUGAAGAUCGUCGGAGGCUCGCGAUGGUGGAGGAUACGUGGUCGAGAGCUAGAAGGCGAAUGGAUAGAGAUGCAAAAAGAUUAUCUCUUACGGCAUGCAAAGCAAGGGACAUCUAGUCCCGCUUCGCAGUCUGGUGGUGUACAUUCUGCUGGGUCCAGUGUCCCGCCAAGUCCGGGGACUAAAAGUCACGACCACCACUAUCACAUGCCGAGGCGGUCUGCGACGCUAGGGAGUGUCAGGGAUAAUGCGGGUGGUGAAGUGCUGGGCGAUAGGGUCAUCCUCUACAUUCACGGUGGAGCGUUUUUCUUUUCGUCCUUGGACACACAUAGAUAUCAGAUCCAACGACAUGCUAGAAAAGCAGGUGCCAGAGCUUUUGCGCCCUCUUACCGGCUCGCCCCUCAAUAUCCAUUCCCAUGCGGACUUAUGGACGCUCUAGCCUCGUACCUAUACUUGCUCGACCCUCCGCCUGGCACUCAUGGCCCGAUCCUGCCCUCUUCCAUAAUUUUCAUGGGGGACUCGGCCGGCGCUGGGCUGGUCAUUUCGCUCUUGAUCGUCAUUCGGGAGAUGGGUCUACCGAUGCCAGCCGGUGCCAGUCUCGUCAGCCCAUGGGUUGACUUGACACACAGUAUGCCAAGUAUCAACGGAGCUGAUGAAGGAGACUAUAUUCCCUCGUAUGGUUUCCAUUACAGGCCUGGAGUUGCUUGGCCGCCCCUUCCUGGGGGUGGCGUCAAGGUCACAAGUGCCGAUGGUGAAGAGAUAAACCUGGACGACCAAAUUCAGAUGUAUUGCCCGAACAAUCUUCUCACACAUCCUCUCGUCUCCCCGGUGAAUGCUGGUUCGUUGGGAGGCCUUUGUCCCCUGCUCAUCGUCGGAGGCGGCGGAGAGCUGCUGCGAGACGAGAUCACGUAUCUCGCUUACAAGGCGUCUGCUCCUACCACAUAUCAACCGUCAUCAAGACUACUGACCCAGUACCCUGAUCAAGCUGCCCAAGUCAGCAAAUAUCCUCCGACCAAGGUACAUUUGCAGAUCUACGAAGGAUGCUGUCACGUUGUCACCACCUUGAGCUGGACGCGAAGCUCGAAGUAUAUGUACAGGGCUUGUGCGAACUUCAACAUCUGGGCAUACAAAGCUGCGGCAAAGGCUGUCGAGCGACACUUGCGGCAUGAGAGAUCGCAUUCUAAGCUCAAGCACGACGCCGCACCGGGAAAGACGCAUGAAGAGGGCUUGCCGCGAGCGUCCAUAGAAUCCUCGACCUCUCAGACGCCAUCGUCAACAGCCCCGCCUAGCCGAGUCCCCUCCGUUCUGGACAUGACAAGACCACUCAUCACCCCUACAUCGGCUAGGCUCGCCAAUGCGGACGAGAUUGAGGCGGCUGACCUUGAAUCAGAGGCCUCUACAUCUGACACAUCAGAGUCGGACAGUGCUGCGGGAGACACGGAUGACCAGAGUACUCCAACUGGAGUAGUCACCGUCAGAGGCACGGAGCCCCUCUUCGGCCAAGGCAAUAAUAUCGUUGCGGAACGCGUAUCGACCCACGGCAAUAUCCGGCCGUUCGAAGCUGUCGAAGCGAUCCCUGCUCUGCACCCAGAUUUGAGAGAACAGAUUGGUCAAAUUCAUGCCGACGGAGCCGUUCAGAGAUGGUUGGCUAAACGGCGCGAAUGGGAUGAAAAGUACUCGUCUCAAUUGGCACGUUGGAGAAAGAUCAAGGAAGAGGACAACGCGGCGGGCUUGCAAAAUGGGUUCUUAACAGGAGAUUUGCAGGAUGAGAAUCCACCUUUAUGCGCGCUCGUUCGAUGGUCAGAUGGGACGUUGGCAAGGAGAGCAGGCAGAUCAGUAGAUGAAUUCGGAACGAAGGAGAACAAGGCGAUUGGCAUGUGGACCAGGAUAUCUUCCAAGGCGGACGAGGAGCACGCUGGUGGAGAGAAUAUGGAGGAGAUUCGACAGACUGUGGCGGAAGAAUUGCACGCUGAGGGCCUAGCUCAACCACUUGCUCAUCCUAUAGAAACGACAGGGUCACAACACUGA